ACACAAUAAUUAAAACGCAAUGAACUACAAUGAAAUAUUUAUUCCGUACAGUACUAUAUGGUCUGAAACUACUAAGUGCGAUUGAACUUUGUGUUUCACAGCGACCUAAUUACCGUGAAGACUUUAGAUUCGAGAAAGCUUUCAAUUCUUUCUACAAACUGCACUCUGCGGCGAGUUGGAGUAACGCUCGCAUUCGAUGCGAGGCAGAGGGCUCUCACUUGAUGGUGCCCGACACCCUCGACGAGGCGGAUGCCAUGCCGCUCCUCAUUGCGUCCACACUUACCACCUAUGAAGGGGUCUACGUCGGUAUACACGACUUUUACACGGAAAGAUACUUUGUCACGAUAAAAGGUAGCAAGUUGCGGGAUUCUAUUUUGGAUUUAUUAUGGGAGGCGGAACAACCUGUGCAUGGCGGCGGUAGAUGUGUUGCGAUGCGACGAAAUGGAAGAUUCUAUGUCAACCCUUGCACAAAUCAACUCCCGUUUAUAUGUAAAACGAAAGCAAAUCGUGUGUCUUACUAUCAAGAAUGCGAUACGUUUGAUUCACGUUGGAAGCUUGGUAACAACGGUUCGUGCUACAUAACCCACGCGGAGCCGCAGACGUGGCACGAGGCGCACGGCACCUGCCUCUCCGCAGGCGGGUACCUCGCCAUACUCGACACUAGAGACGAAGCCGAGUACAUACGGGAGCAGUUCAAAAACGUAGACCAGGUCAAGACACCCGGGGACUUCGCAUUUUUGGGAUUCAGCGAUCUCUUCCAAGCAUAUCAUUACAGAACUGUGCACGGGAAGCCUCUAAACCGUUUCUUAGAUUGGGACUUAAAGUGCCCACAAUCAGAUGGAGCGAAAACCAACGCUGACCGGUGCGGCGGCAUUCGACGAAGCGGUCUACUCGCCACAGCUGACUGCACACACCCCUCUAUUUUCUUUUGUGAAAAACCCGCUAAAGGCACAUAUCAAUUUAAGAGUCUACGCCAUAACGACUUUCAUAAGCAUCACAAACAUAUUAAGAAAGAAAUAAAAUUAGAGGAAAAAACUUAUUUGCUUUAUCUAUUAUUCUUUUACGUAUGGUUGUGGUAUUCUCUCCUGCCUGUAACCUUUAGUGUUCUAAAAGUUCAUUAUGAUAUUAAGUAG